AUGAAAUAUAAUAAAUUAUUUUAUUUAAUUCAAUUUAGAUCUAUAUACUUUAUAACCUGUAGAUUAUGGUUAUUAUUAUUAUUUAUCCCCUUUAUACAUAUAAUAUUUUCACUUUAUGAAGAAGAUAUACAUAAGUUAAGAAGUUCAAAUACAAGAAUAUUAAUAAAUUCUAAUGAAAUUAAUAAUUUGAGCUAUUCUAUUGCAUAUUCUUUAGUUUCACCUGAAAAAUUUUGGUCAUAUAAUAUACAACAAAUAUCUACAGUAUCUCCUGGUUCAAAAAGAAAUUUAUUAAUCAUUAAUUGCCCUUCACUUAAUUUAAAUCAAGUAAUGUUUAUUUCAAUUUCAGAUUCUAUUGGGAAUAAUGAAUAUUAUCAUUAUUCAUCUUAUUUUUCAAAAAUGAGUAUAAAACAAGAAAGUUGGUCCGGAAAAAGUGCAUGGAUUUUAAGAAUAUCUUCAGAUAUAUUAGCAUAUACUAUUAAUAAUGAACAAAUAAAUAAAUCAAUAAAUUUAAGAAUAAAUAAGAUUAUACCAAAUACUAAUGAGAAUUGGUAUAAUACUUAUAAUGAACAUAUCAAAGAUAUGUCUAUUAUUCCCCUUUGGAUAUCCUAA